AUGCCCUAUCUCAACCCCCCCUGGCGCCCCAAUAACCCGUUCCCCAACAGGUUAAUAUGCGCGUUCCCCCCCGGUGGCUCCUCGAAGACCCGCCAAGAGAAGAUUGCCAAAAACGCCAACCGCCUGAUUGACGCAAUUGCGCGCAAAGGUAUUUUGAUUGGUUUUUCGGACGGAGCAAAAGAGGUUCGGUCAGGGGUCCGCAAGGUCGGAGUCGGAUACAGCGUACAGUGGAAAAAGUCUGAAGUUGCCAAGUUCAGCGGUAGUAUUGGCCCUCACGCCAACAUCUUUGGCGCCAAAAUGCUUGCCCUCGCCCUUAUAGCCCAAAGAUGCGCUUGCGGCCAUACGCAUUAUCAACAGAACCAAACCCCAGCCCGCUCAACACACCUCAAUCCUGUUUUGCAAGGAAGUCCAUGCAUUUCUCAGGACGACCCGAGGCGCACCUUGAUGGUUCAAUGGAUCCCGGGUCACUCUAAGAUCGAACGUAACAAGCGCGCGGAUAGGUUAGCCAAUGCAGGCCUCGACCGCCGGCCCACCGCCUUCUUCAACCGUAUCACGACGUGGGCCAAAUGCCAAGCCACCCAACGCGCCUCCAGAACAUGGGUCAAAAUCUGGGAGGACAGCCCUCACUCCAAAACCGUGCGGAAACACAUCCCUCGCCCCCCGUCUCUCAAACUCCACCCUAUCUUCAACAAUCCCGGCCUCCCUCGCUCUGUUUCCUCCCGCCUUGUCGAUGACAGGCCAUGGCUGGUUCGGCGAAUACAAGGAAAGAAUAUUCUUCAUCAAGGGCUCCCAUAA